CCAGUCUGUUGACAGCAGAAAACUUAUUCAGAAUGUCAUUUGAUAGGGUGCAAAUGGUAAUGGCCAGCUUGGACUCUCGGACAAAAAUGACCGAUUAACACCUACCCGUAUAGCAUUACCAGAGGGUCUGGCAGCCGGUGAUGUGACAAGUAUCUCAGGUGGAGGAUCUUAUACAGUUAUAAUUACAGCAUCAGGAUGUGUUUACAUGAGUGGAAUGCUUUGUAAUCUAGGACAUUCCACGAAGGACUCCGUAGUGUUUCAGAAGGUGGAGGGACUUGAAGGAGAAACUAUCACUAAGGUUGCAUGUGGUUGGGAGCACACUCUUGCUCUUAGUGCAGGAGGAAAACUUUAUUCCUGCGGAUCUAACUUGCAUGGACAGUUGGGUCAGAAAUUGACUGCAACUAGAAUUGAUUCACCACAGAGAGUUGACUAUUUUACAGAUGGAAACAGAAUCUGUGAUGUUGCUGCAGGAAUGUGGCAUAGCCUUACUUUAAUGGAUGAUGGCGGUGUGUACUCUUGGGGUUCAGGCAAGCAUUCCCAGCUGGGCUAUGAUGUCCCUCAUAAACAAUACAAAAUGUUUGAACCAUGCAGAGUGGAAUUGCCAGAGGCUAUAGGAACGGUGGUAUCAAUUACAGCCGGAUCACACCAUUCAGCUGUACUCACUGAUAUAGGCAAUGUGAUCAUGUGGGGUAGUAACACAAAGGGUCAGCUUGCACGUGAUCCCAGCGAGGUCUCCAAGGUCCACAAGCCCCUGGUUCUAGAUCAAUCCCCUUUUAAUGGAGAGAGAUUGAUUGAAUUGAAGUCAGGUUGGGAACACUGCUUGGCUCUAACAGAUAAAGGGUCAUUGUUUGCAUGGGGAAGAGCUGAUUAUGGGCAACUUGGAAGAGGAGUUGUUACUAAUAACACUAGUAGAUGUCAACACUGUCCAUCAGAGGUGCUACUCGCUGAAGUAGUCAUUGUUUCUUGUGGAAGUAUGCACAAUAUAGCAUUGAAAGAGGAAGAAGGUGGUAUCACACAGGCUUACACGUGGGGAUGGAAUGAACAUGGCAUGUGCGGAUCUGGAACAGAAGAUGACGUUUUGAUUCCGACAGUCAUAGACACUUUCAAACACGAUAGUGUUCAUCUGAUUGGUUGUGGAACUGGAUGCUGUUUUGCUGCUGUUAAUCAAAAUUUGAAAAAUUCCUGAAAAAAUUCAGUAGCAAUGGAUUUGUAUAUCUGAUACAUUUUGUAAUUCUAUCAGAUGUAAAGUGAACAGCAGUUAUAUUUAAAUUAUUUGUACAGAUAAUGCUAUUUUAAUAAAUAAUGCUAUUUUAAUAAAU